CGCCCCGCCCGCGCCGCGCCCCCACCGCCUCCCCCUUUGGGAGAGGGACCUCGCCAGGCAGCCGGUGGCCCGCCGGGCUCCUCUCCGCGCGGAGCCAGCAGCGGCGGGGGCAGGGCGCGAGCGAGGGAGCCCGCGAGCCCGCGAGCCCGAGAGCGGAGCGGCGAAGCGGGGAGGGAACGCGCUGCUGAGCCGGGGCUGGAGCAGCGGCGGCAGCGGCGGAGGGAGGGCCCCACGGACAGGCAGACGCACGAACGGACCGAGCCAGGGAGGGAGCGAGAGAGACUUCGCCGGCGAGGAGGAGCGGCGCGAGCCGCGGCUGCUGGGCGCUUCCCCGCGCUGCUGGGUGCUCGGCGCCUCCGCGGCCCCCGGCUCCCGGCCUCAGCUUCCUCACGCGCGCGAGGCGCGGGGUGCGGGGCCCGGGGCUCGCUUCGCCGAAGGGGUCGCUGAACUAACUCUCAAGCUGGUGUGCGCGGUGGCGGAGCAGUGGCCGCCCAAGAGCUGGAGUCACCAUGGCGGCCGGAGUCGCAGCCUGGCUGCCUUUCGCGCGGGCUGCGGCCAUCGGGUGGAUGCCGGUGGCCAACUGCCCCAUGCCCCUCGCCCCGGCAGACAAGAACAAGCGGCAGGAUGAACUGAUCGUCCUUAACGUGAGCGGGCGGAGGUUCCAGACGUGGCGGACCACGCUGGAGCGCUACCCGGACACACUGCUGGGCAGCACGGAGAAGGAGUUCUUCUUCAACGAGGACACCAAGGAGUACUUCUUCGACCGGGACCCAGAAGUGUUCCGCUGCGUCCUCAACUUCUAUCGCACAGGCAAGCUGCACUACCCCCGCUACGAGUGCAUCUCCGCCUACGACGACGAGCUGGCUUUCUAUGGCAUCCUGCCCGAGAUCAUUGGCGACUGCUGUUACGAGGAGUACAAGGACCGCAAGAGGGAGAACGCCGAGCGGCUCAUGGACGACAACGACUCAGAGAACAACCAGGAGUCCAUGCCCUCCCUCAGCUUCCGCCAGACCAUGUGGCGGGCCUUCGAGAACCCGCACACCAGCACGCUGGCCUUGGUCUUCUACUACGUGACUGGCUUCUUCAUUGCCGUCUCGGUCAUCACCAACGUGGUGGAGACGGUGCCGUGUGGCACGGUGCCUGGGAGCAAGGAGCUGCCGUGUGGCGAGCGCUAUUCGGUGGCCUUCUUUUGUCUGGACACCGCCUGUGUCAUGAUCUUCACGGUGGAGUACCUCCUCCGGCUCUUUGCGGCGCCCAGCCGCUACCGCUUCAUCCGCAGCGUGAUGAGCAUCAUCGACGUGGUGGCCAUCAUGCCCUACUACAUAGGCCUGGUAAUGACCAACAAUGAGGACGUGUCGGGCGCCUUCGUCACGCUUCGGGUCUUCCGCGUCUUCAGGAUCUUCAAGUUCUCCCGCCACUCCCAGGGCUUGCGGAUCCUGGGCUACACCCUGAAGAGCUGUGCCUCUGAGCUCGGCUUCCUCCUCUUCUCCCUCACCAUGGCCAUCAUUAUCUUUGCCACUGUGAUGUUUUAUGCCGAGAAGGGCUCCUCCGCCAGCAAGUUCACGAGCAUCCCGGCCUCUUUUUGGUACACCAUCGUCACCAUGACCACACUGGGAUAUGGAGAUAUGGUGCCCAAGACGAUUGCAGGGAAAAUCUUCGGCUCCAUCUGUUCCCUGAGCGGUGUCCUCGUCAUUGCCCUGCCGGUCCCUGUGAUCGUUUCCAACUUCAGCCGGAUUUACCACCAGAAUCAGAGAGCUGAUAAACGCAGGGCACAAAAGAAGGCCCGCCUUGCCAGGAUCCGUGUGGCCAAAACAGGGAGCUCCAAUGCCUACCUGCACAGCAAGCGCAACGGACUCCUCAAUGAGGCAUUGGAGCUGAUGGGCGCCCCGGAAGAGGAGCACAUGGGCAAGACCACCUCACUCAUCGAGAGCCAGCACCACCACCUGCUGCACUGCCUGGAGAAAACCACUGGGUUGUCCUAUCUUGUGGAUGAUCCCCUGUUAUCUGUACGAACCUCCACCAUCAAGAACCACGAGUUUAUAGACGAACAGAUGUUUGAGCAGAACUGCAUGGAGAGUUCAAUGCAGAACUACCCAUCCACACGGAGUCCCUCACUGUCCAGCCACCCGGGCCUCACGACCACCUGCUGCUCCCGUCGUAGUAAGAAAACCACACACCUGCCCAAUUCCAACCUGCCGGCCACCCGCCUGCGCAGCAUGCAAGAGCUCAGCACGAUCCACAUCCAGGGCAGCGAGCAGCCCUCCCUCACUACCAGUCGUUCCAGCCUUAAUUUGAAAGCCGACGACGGACUGAGACCAAACUGCAAAACAUCCCAGAUCACCACAGCCAUCAUCAGCAUUCCUACUCCCCCAGCGCUAACCCCAGAGGGGGAAGGUCGGCCACCCCCUGCCAGCCCAGGCUCCAACACGAACAUUCCUGCCAUAGCCAGCAAUGUUGUCAAGGUCUCCGCCUUGUAAAACCACUGGACAGAGGGCCAGUGCGAGUAGUGGGAGUGAAGGGGGCUGGCAUGUUGGUGGGUGGCCACUGUGACCACUCCCUCCCCCUCCCCCACUAUUUCUGCCCACCCUGUUGCACCCCCAACACUGAAACCUGUGCCUGGAAGGAGAAAGAGGCAGCAAAGGGGCACCUGAGGUUCACUGCUGCUAGCGUGGACAUAGCCCUGUGCCACUGCAUUGCACAGGGGC